AUGAUCGCUGACCUCACCAGGACCCUUUCAGUUAAACGGUUGGUCACAACUCACUCAGUCAUCGCCUCAGUCACGCAAUUCUUUGUUGCUCAUCGGUCAAUGCCGCAUUUCCCUGUUCAAAUUUUGACGACAAUGAUUGAAGAACGGCUCGCCAUUCUUUCCGUUUCGGACAAAACUGGAAUCACUGAGUUGGCUGCCGGACUACAUGACGUUGGUUUUGUUCUCGUCGCUUCAGGUGGAACUGCUACGACACUUCGCGAGCAUGGACUACCAGUAAAGGAUGUUUCUGAAAUCACCAAAUUCAACGAGAUGUUGGGCGGUCGUGUGAAAACGUUACAUCCGGCCGUUCACGGCGGAAUCCUGGCCAGGGAAAAUGAACAAGAUCGUCGCGAAAUGGAGGCAAACAAAUUCCAAUUUGUGGACGUCGUGGUCUGUAACCUGUACCCAUUCCGAUCAACCGUCGCCAAUCCCAACUGUACAGAAGAAGCCGCGAUCGAAAACAUUGACAUAGGAGGUGUGACGCUGUUGAGAGCUGCUGCGAAAAACCAUACUCGUGUCAGUGUCCUCUGUGAUCCAAGUGACUACGGAAAUUUUUUGAAUAAGAUUCGAGGCGGCGGAGUCUCGUUGGAGGAAAGACGACUGCUUGCUUUAAAGGCGUUCGAACAUACCUCAUCGUACGACGAAUCCAUUAGCGGCUACAUGCGACGACAGUUCGCCGGAAACGGUGAACGAAGUCUACCACUUAGAUACGGCACAAAUCCACAUCAGAAAUCGGACGCUGAACUGUUUGCGGUUGAAGAAGAGAUGCCAAUCAAAGUGCUAAACGGUGCUCCGGGUUAUAUCAACAUUCUGGAUGCAUUAAAUGGAUGGCAACUGGUGAAAGAAUUGACGGAUGCAACAGGUCUACCAGCCGCCGCUUCAUUUAAGCAUGUAUCUCCAGCAGGUGCCGCAAUAGGGCUUCCGCUGAACGACGCAGAAGCACAAUCGUGUAUGGUCGCCGAUCUUCCGCUCGACCUCAAGAAACCGUCGCUUGCGGCUGCGUACGCUCGUGCAAGAGGAGCUGAUCGAAUGUCAUCGUUUGGGGAUUUUAUCGCAUUAUCAGAGAAAUGCGAUGAACUUACGGCAAAAAUUAUUAAUAGAGAGGUCUCGGACGGUAUCGUUGCUCCAGGAUACGAUCCAGCUGCGCUAUCAUUGCUGGCUAAGAAAAAGAACGGGAACUACUGUGUGCUAAAAAUCAAUCCGAACUAUAUUCCCACUGAAACCGAGGAGAGAACCGUUUUUGGACUGAGACUUCGUCAAAAACGCAACAACGCAGUCAUUAACGCCGCCACCUUCAGCAAUGUCGUCGGAAAACACAACAACUUGAACAAACAAGCGACGGAUGAUCUAAUUGUCGCCACUAUUGCACUAAAAUAUGCGCAAUCAAAUACAGUAUGCUUUGCGCACAGAGGACAGGUGAUUGGCAUUGGAGCAGGGCAACAAUCACGUAUACACUGUACACGUCUGGCAGGAGAAAAAGCUUGUAAUUGGUGGCUUCGACAACAUCCGCUAGUUCUCUCGCUUCCAUGGAAGCCGACAGUACGCCGUGCAGAACGCUCUAAUGCUGUGGAUGUUUUAUGUUCAGGAGUUCUCGGUGACGAGGUUUCACUCGAACAAUGGCAGCAAUACUUCACUGAGCCGGUAAAUCCACUGACCGAUGAGGAUCGAAAAAGUUGGCUUGCCGAGCAAACGGGUGUGGUGAUGAGUUCGGACGCGUUUCUACCGUUCAGAGAUAAUAUCGAUUGCGCAAAACAGUUUGGCGUUCGGUUCGUUGCACAUCCGGGCGGUUCCGUUCGAGACGAGGAUAUCAUUGAAGCUUGUGACGAGUAUGGAAUAACCCUCAUCCACACCGGUCUACGACUUUUCCAUCACUAA